GUUCCCCCAUGGCCCGCCUCCUGCUGCUGGCGCUGGCCGCAGCCGCUCUGCCAGCCGGCCGGGGCGCGCUGCGCUACUGCGACUGCACGUUCCAGGGCAACAGGCACUCCGUCGCCAAGGAGAUCUGCUCUCUGACGCCGGACGAAGAAACGCAGCCUGAGUGCAGUGCUGAAACGCUGCCAUACAUAUCACCUGGCUUUACAUUCUACUCCUCAAAACCACAGAGAAUGUUCAAGCACUUUGCAUUGCAAACAACUGCACAUAAAGCACUGGAAAUUUGCAAACAAGAAGGUGGCACGCUUGCACGUCCACUAAAUAAGGAAAUGAUAAAUCACAUGUUGAGAAACCUCCGCACAGACGACGUAUGGAUUCUUAUCAACUACACAGAUGAAAAAAAAGAGGGAGUGUGGCUGGACUUCGACGGUAACCCUGCACCAAAACUACCAUGGGCGAAAAAUAGGCCGGACAACUGGAAAGGUGAUGAAAACUGUCUACAUAUACAUGCUAAGAAGGGCCACGUGAACGACAUUAACUGCUUUACGACAUAUUACACAUUUAUUUGUGAACGCACCCUUCGUAAAAAUGUUCCGAAAGGUUACACUUAUCAUGAUUUACCUCGGACCUUCUUCAAAUUAUACAAAGAGGAGAAACCAUUUCACCUUGCGAAGAAGACAUGUGAGGAUGAUGGAGGGAAGCUGACGGCCCCAGAGGAUUGGUUCAAGGCCUUUUCUGUGCUUUUUGUUAUAAGAGAAGUUGGAUUCCACGCAGACUUUUACGUUGACUUCACUGAUGAAGCUGAGGAAGGGAACUUCAUUACAAGCGAAGACGGGAAAACUGCCAAUGAAAAACCACUACCCACAAUAGAUGGAAGUAAGCAGUGCUGCUUAAAGGGGAAAUUCUUUUCUGUUAAUUUAUCCCUCAAAUAUUAACCGAUUUUAAAAAUUCAAAACGUUAAUGUAGCCUACUCGAAAAGUGAUAUACAGAAAAAUAAUCAUGAGUAAAAUCAGGCAUCUUCUUGUAAGCGAUAUACUAAAUUUUUCAGUUUAAAAAUUGUCAUUUACAAUUCUGUGUUGUGCAUCAUAUGUGUGAUUCUCCUUAUCACACAUUGUUACAUGUGCAAGUUUUGCUUUUGGAAUUUUAUCAUUGAAAGUGGCACAAAGUGUCAUAGAGGUUUUCUGUGUAGCAACAAUAUUCUUUCUACACAUCACAUUAAUCAUAUACAUAAAUAUGAUAAUAUGUUAUGAAAUUGUAUGGAUUUGUAUCAACAUUGCUCUUCAAGUCUUUUAAAAUCACAAACAGGCUUUGAGGUAAUUAUGUGGUACAUGUAAAUUAUACAUUUCUUUAGGAAAUAUUUCACUUUUUCAAUUUUUCAAUUGCAGGUUUCGUAGCAUAACAUGAUGCUGCUGUGAUGAAUCAAUCAGUUGGUCAAUUUUUAUGACUAGACUGAAACGCAACACAAAGUAAAGCAUAUUAAAUUCCAUUUUAUCUGUAGUAAUUUGUGAUAUGUAUCUCUAAAUGCUUCCUAUGAGAUAAGCAAGCAACGUCAAAAGUUUCCUGUCAAUUGAAAGCUACAGGAAUAUUACGAUUUUUCAAGACAAUUAUUCGUUGUUCAAGCUCAUAAUUCAGUUUGUAUUUAAUGAUAGGCACACGAUUUUCCACAUUUCCUACAACAAUUGUUUCUUCUUUUGGAAGAGUAUCUUUUAUCUCGACAACAGCUUCAUUGUAAUCAGCCCAUCUAAGAAUAGCAUCUCCAGCACUUUAACUCCACGUAAAAAUUAUGAUAAGAUCACCUUCUCACAUAACUUCUUUAUAAUAAUUAAAAACUCAGCCAAGUACAUUAAGUGGACAAAGCAUAAUGUUUUUCUCAUUUCUUAUUUUAUCAUUGUGAAGUAUAUGACCUUCCAUGCAUAUUUUAUUGGAAUGAGAUGACGUAAAAUGCAACAAAAGGGAUGAGGAAAAGGUUUUCUCUUCUAGAUGAAACAUUAUACGCUUUCCUUAUGGUCAUAAAGUAAAAUAGUUUUGCUGCAGAGUUAGUGACUGACUUCUUGCUGGAUUUUCCAUCAUAUGUUGGAUAAUCAUUUCCAUCAUUGUGACUAGUUCUAAAACUGAUGUGCAGCUAAUGAUUAUGAUGAACACAACUAACACAAUGUUAAUUUAAGUUUUUACACUAACACCGCUGAAGUCCAUCACAUUGUCAUUUGCAUCAGUUAACAGUUAUUGUUAGCUCCUAAAUUUUACAAUGAAAUGGAAUAAAUGAAGGAUGAUACGGUACAUCAGUUAUUAGUGCAGCAAACUCAACAUUAGGCUUGAAUGAAGCAAUAGAGUUACUUUCUUGAUGAAAGUGCUUACUAUGGUUAACAUACAUUCCAUCAGCCAAAUUAAAAUUAUUAUUCAUAAAUCUGAAUGGAAUAAUAUUAGGAACAUAAUUAGCAAAAGUUUUUCAUUAGGAGAAAUACUUUAAUUAUGAAGUCCUAGAACCCUUGCAGCACCUUCUUUUAUAUCUAUGUACAAAUAACAUCACUCUCUACAGUAACACUUUUUACAACUUCACCUUCUUUAAUCUGUUUAUUAAGCUUUGUCAUGUGAAUA